AUGUCCCCUGAACCAAACCACCCAGAACUGCUAGCUGUGUUACCCAGACAACUAGUUGUGUUACCCAGACAACUAGCUGUGUUACCCAGACAACUAGCUGUGUUACCCAGACAACUAGCUGUGUUACCCAGACAACUAGCUGUGUUACCCAGACAACUAGCUGUGUUACCCAGACAUCUAGCUGUGUUACCCAGACAACUAGCUGUGUUACCCAGACAACUAGCUGUGUUACCCAGACAACUAGCUGUGUUACCCAGACAACUAGCUGUGUUACCCAGACAACUAGCUGUGUUACCCAGACAACUAGCUGUGUUACCCAGACAACUAGCUGUGUUACCCAGACAACUAGCUGUGUUACCCAGACAACUAGCUGUACCUGUGUUACCCAGACAACUAGCUGUGUUACCCAGACAACUAGCUGUACCUGUGUUACCCAGACAACUAGCUGUGUUACCCAGACAACUAGCUGUGUUACCCAGACAACUAGCUGUGUUACCCAGACAACUAUCUGUGUUACCCAGACAACUAGCUGUGUUACCCAGACAACUAGCUGUGUUACCCAGACAACUAGCUGUGUUACCCAGACAACUAGCUGUGGUACCCAGACAACUAGCUGUGUUACCCAGACAACUAGCUGUGUUACCAGACAACUAG